CAUCAACCAUGGACAAGGAACAGGAACUUGGAGAUAGUAGCUUUCAUCCACAACCCUUUCCGUCCGUGGAAUACAACACUUGCACUCUAUUUUAACAACGGACACCAUGAUGCGCAUGUCCAUCAUCUUCAUCUUCCUAGCCCUACUGGUGCAGUCAGCGACGCCCAAAGUGCACCGCAGCGUUAAUCGCAGCAUUCAAAUCGUAAACGAGUCCGCCUCGAAAAUUGAGAUAUUCUGGGUUCAUCCAGAGACGAGAGAACCCUCGCUCAUGUCGAAUCCGUUCAUUGUCCCAGGGGCCGACUUUUCGCUGAAUAGCUUUGUGGGUCAUGAAUUUCUAGUUAAAGAAAUGCCGGGCAAGAAUGGAUGCCAAGUAGACUCGUGCAAAACUGAAAACUUCAAGGUUUCGCCCAAUGAUGAGCAAGUGAUUCGGGUCAGUCCAGAGAUCACGGUAACCUUUGUGGACAACAAAAUCCGAGCUCGAAAAGAAGCUGACGAGCUCAUCAAAGCCUGUCAGGUGGACGCUCGCAAGCGCGUAGAGCUAGCAGGGCAAGACAAGGCUGCCGCUCUGGACGCUAUGGACGAUCUUGUCAACUGCGUUCAAGGAGGAGUUUCCUCUCGUCUCGAGACAGUCAACGAAGAAAUUGCCUUCCAAGCUUCGGUGCGGACGGACAUUGCCGCUUUGUUGGAAAAUUACACUUGCACGGACGACUCCCUAAAUUCUUCGAAAGACAUUACGACUCAGCAGUGGAAGCAAGCUGACCUCACACGCACGGUGCAUAUCAAACACGAACGACCCACCUCGAGAAUUCACGUGAUUGAGAAUUUUAUUUCCGAUGAUGAGUGUGACGCUAUGGAAGCUGCCGCGCAAAAAUCUCUACACCGGGCCACUGUCGCCGAUGGGAAAGGAGGCUCUCGCCUCAGUGACAAUCGCAAAGCCAUGCAGGCUGGUAUCAAAGUUCCUUGGAAAGACGAAGCCUCGGGUAAUGCCAUAGCUCGCUUAAGCCGCCGUGUCUAUGACUACACAAAUCAUGUCCUUGGAUUAGGAAUCGAGGAGCACGGCCAGGAAGAUCUCAUGUCGAUCCAGUAUUUUGGAAGGGGCAAGAACGAUACUGAACCUGAUCGCUACACUCCUCACUGUGAUGGCGACUGCACUGGCCUCCCUCACAAACACGGUACACGAAUGGCUACCAUGGUGAUGUAUUGCGAUGUGGCGGACCUUGGUGGGCAUACGAAUUUUCGCAACGCCGGUGUCCACGUCAAACCAGAACGAGGCUCGGGCAUCUUUUUUAGUUACAUCGAUCCCGAAAAUCGUGUCAUGGAUACUGGAUUUACGGAACAUUCAGGUUGCCCGGUGUUCGAGGGCGAAAAGAAGAUCGUUACGCAGUGGAUUAGGCUAGGUGUUGACACUGAGAAUCCUUGGGACAGUUUUAACACUCUCGGAAUCAAGAAGUCCGAAAUGGAAGAUUUCGAAUCGGACGGCGAGGAAGAAAUUGAUGAGACCGAAGAUACUUCUUCGGAUGAGUUGUGAAGUGCUUUCAUCUCGCAAAGUCUUUAUUGACACCUGCACAUUUGCGACCAAGCACAGUUUACCAUAUGUCUGUUACUCCUACGGUUUUGUUAAUGCAAGCGAAAUUACGACUGCACCCUUUUGCAGGGACCUGCACUUGCCUGGACAGACCAUAACAUCAUAUUAGUUUAGCAUGAGUCAUCAAUCGCGCUUUUCA